AUGGCUUCUUUUCUUCUUUUUACAUUUACAACUCUAAAAGGGCUUGUCCAGUCCUACCUUCUUAACAUCAUUAUAAUUUUAUGCUCAAUUCAGGUUGCAAAGAGAUUGAACUUAGAUGACCCUCUCGUCCUUAACAUUCUCCGCUCUGUCUAUGUGGCAAGCAAUCUUGCAAUUGCAACACUAUGGGCAAUGGUAUUUGCUUCUAUUGAAAACAAGAACGACAAAUCCGAAGUGCAACUAAGUGAUAAGAAAGGUCGCCCGAUUACAACUACUGUAUACAAACAUGACAGAAGCCUGUUGUUCAAUGCUGUUCGGAAACAGAUCUUUGGAAUUCUUGUUGCUGUCAUUAUGCAUUUCUACCUCGGGUUGAGGGGAGCAAUGGUUACGCAAAGCAUUCUCCCAUUAAAGCUCGCUUUUCAGAAUAAUUUAGUCAGGAUUUAUGUGGUCCAGGGCGAUUUAAAGGAUAACAUUAAUCGGCCUUAUAAGUAA